AUGGCAAUCAUCGAAGAAGUUUUGGACGAUGAAGAAGUUCAGGAGAAGCUCGAUCGAAUCAAGCAAGAAGGAAAUCAACAGUUCGGACUCGGCAAUUAUAGCGAUGCUGUACAAAAAUACUCAGAAGCUCUGGAAGUAUGUCCCCCUGACUUCAAUGAAUUCCGCACAGUACUCCACUCGAAUAUAUCUGCAUGUUACAUAAAGUUGGAGAAAUGGGACGAAGCUGUUGAUGCUGCUACAACUGCUCUUGAAGCUGAUCCUAAAAACCCGAAAGCAUUAGAGAGGCGGGGAUAUGCUAACCAACGUUUGGAUAAAGUUGACGACUCCAUUGUGGACUACAAAGCAAUCAUAGAGGAAUACCCUAAACGAGUGGAUCUCCAGAAAAAAAUCGCUGAAUGCCAGGCGCGUUCUCUGGAGAAACAGGAAGAAAUGAAAAAAGGCGUAAUUGAAAAACUAAAAACAUUAGGUAACGUAUGUUUGAAACCUUUUGGCUUGUCAACCGAUAGUUUUGAAAUGACUCCCAACGGAACGGGCGGGUAUUCCAUCGGAAUGAAAGGUCAGAACAGAAGCAAUAACAGUGACGAAAACUAA